UCUCCGAUGUUCCAUGAUACAAUUGGAUCAGAAUGUCACACUCCUCCCCCCAUUUGUUUCCUUCUUCCCCAUACUUUUUACGACUAAGUACUAAUCCCGAUGUGUUUCCUCAUGGUCAACCUCAACCCGAACCAACCACCGGAAAGGAACCCGGCCCGGCUCCGGUACCACUGCCGGUGGAUCUGUCUUGGCCCUAAACCGGAGUAUGAGUAAGUAUGUAUCUUGAUAGUCGAUAGAUACUGUAUCUCUCUCCACUCUCCAGAUACGUCCCUUCUAUGUACUACUAACUGUUGAAUAUAAUCGCACUUUCUAUCUUCCUAUCAAGUCUGC